AAGUACACACCUGUGAAAGACAACAGGGAGGGGUCACAAUCCACCUCCAAAGUGAAUCUCUAUUUUCUAAGAGGAGAGACGAAUAAGAGAAGGAAUGUACACCAUAUGCAUAUCAAUCUCAGACUGACAGAGCUAGGAGAAAGACACUGAUGACAGAUGCUUAAGAAACACCAGGAUAUGGGAUUGACUACAUAAUUACAAGAUCAAUAACAGCUAAUAAACGCAAGUAUAAGCAGAAAGCGAAAUACGUAACGUUCUUUGAUCAACAACAGUCUGCGAUGGCGUUUCUACAGCAGUUUGCACUCCUUCUGGCAUUAUUAAUCAUUUUCAGUACUUCAUGCAAGACUGCAAUGUUAGAAGUAGAUAGUGCUGAAGUAGGCCUUAACUAUUCUUUAAAGUCGUCAGCUACUGAAAAUAUUAGUACCUCUACCAAUGAUUCCACCGGUGGACAUGGCUCUUCAACAAUCACUACAUUACCUAUUGUCAUCUGGAAAUGGCAUCAUGUGGAAACUCCAUACCUGGUGGCCCUCUGGAUAUUGACCUGCUGGCUCUGUAAAUUAGUUGCUGAACUGAACCACAAUAUCACCAGUGUGAUCCCAGAGAGUGGGCUGCUCAUUAUGAUGGGCUUUAUUUUGGGAGGAAUCGUCUGGGGAGCAGACAAGGCGCAGACUUUCAAACUGAUCCCCGUCAACUUCUUCUACUACUUGCUUCCCCAGAUCGUCUUGGAUGCAAGUUACUGCAUGCCAAACAAACUAUUCUUCAGCAACCUGGGAGCCAUUCUCGUCCAUGCUGUUAUCGGAACAUGCUGGAAUGCGGGCACAGUGGGCAUUGCACUAUGGGGCUGCUAUGAAGGGGGUGCAAUGGGGAACUUGAACAUCGGCCUUCUGCAGUUCCUGUUGUUCGGUGCACUGAUGUCUGCCGUGGACCCUGUGGCAGUGAUUGCCGUGUUUGAGGAAGUGCAUGUGAAUGAAGUGCUUUACAUCCUGGUGUUUGGAGAGUCGCUGCUCAAUGAUGGCGUCACAGUGGUGCUUUAUAAUGUGUUUGAUGCAUUUGUGUCUCUGGGAGGCCCGAAGAUCAACGCCGCAGAGAUUAUCAAAGGAAUAAUUUCGUUCUUUGUUGUGUCAUUUGGAGGCUCGUUUCUUGGGGUUGUGUUUGCCGUUCUGAUAUCCAUGCUGACCAGGGUCACCAAGAACGUCCAGGUCAUCGAAGCCGGCUUCAUCAUUGUGCUUGGCUACUUGUCUUACCUGACAGCUGAGAUGCUCUCACUCUCUGCAAUUCUUUCGAUCACAUUCUGCGGUGUCUGCUGUCAGAAGUACAUUACCGCCAACAUGGAUGAGAAAUCUGUCACAACGUUACGUUACGUUCUAAAGGUGAUGGCCAACGGCUCAGAGACCAUGAUCUUCGUCUUCCUGGGACUUUCAGCUAUUGAUCAAAACAUCUGGGUUUGGAACACUGGCUUCAUCCUCCUCACAAUCCUCUUCAUUGUUAUAUUCAGGUUCAUGGGUGUUUUCUUCCUCAACUGGUUGUUGAAUCAGUCUCGAUUAAUUCCUAUUGACUUGACAGACCAGUUUGUAAUGGGCUACGGUGGCCUGCGGGGGGCAGUGGCGUAUGGACUCGCGGCCUCUUUAGAUGAGAAGAAGAUACCAGAGAAGAAUCUGAUGCUUGGUACAACACUCAUUGUGGUGUAUUUCACUGUCAUUCUUCAGGGGAUCACCAUGAAACCACUGGUCCAGUGGUUGAAGGUUAAGAAAGCAACUCAGUCGGAUCUGACUCUAAAUGGAAAAAUGAACAACAGGGUUUUUGAACACGUACUGACAGCGAUGGAAGACAUCUGUGGCCGAAUGGGAGAUAACUGGUGGACCAGACAUUGGAACUAUUUUGAAGACAAGUAUGUCUGCUGGCUGCUAAUGACGAGCGAUGCCAGAAAGCACAAAGACCCAAUCUUUGGUGUCUUCCACAAACUAAAUCUGGAGGAUGCCAAAAAAUAUGUAAAUGAGGGUGAAAGCAAAGGUUCUCUGGCUUUCAUUCGUAAUUAUGACAAUGCCAGUGUAGACUUCAAGAAGCAGCUUGCUUUAGAGUAUGCAGACAUCAUGCCUGAUAUUAUGAAUGACAUGUCAGAAUAUGAUUUUGGCAUUGACAAUGUCCCAGUGACCUCUGUCAUGAAGAACCCGCUUCCCUCUGUAUCCCUGAAUGUCCAUGAGCUAGACAGGAAGAGCAUGCUUAAUGACCUCAGUGCUCAUCAUUUACUAGAUCAGCACUUGUACAAGAGCAGAAGAGAUAACCGUCCCACUUACAGCCGCAGUCACUAUAACACCUCAGAGAAUCCAGAUGAAAUGCAGGAGAUCUUCCAAAGAACCAUGAGAAGCCGUCUUGAGUCCUUCAAAUCGGCUAAGAUGGGUGUCAACCCAGCCAAAAAACUCUCCAAACAUCCCAAGAAGGAUUCAACACAUAAGCCUAAUGGAAAGCCAGCAGACCCACACAGAACCCAUCCAUAUGGAGAUGAAGAUUUUGAGUUUUCUGCAGACAGCGCCUCUAGCAGUGAAAUUGCUGGUCAUUUCCCCAGGAGAAACACAAAUGCACCUGGUGCUGGUGUAGAUAAUCCAGCAUUCAUACCCGAGAUGGACAUGUCUCCACCCAUGCGAAACCCACCCUGGCAAACAGAGACAGCAAACAACAUGGCUGUGGCACCUUCCCAGACAGCUCAGGGUCGACUGCCCUGGACACCCACCAACCUGAGACAUCUAGCACCGCUGAGAAUGAGCACCCGCUCCACAGACUCCUUCGCGAUGGCUGAUGCUUCGGUUGACGACGAGGCACCUGAGGAAAAGUCUGGAUCACAUCAUACUAGAUUGUAAUCUGAUAUUGUUCCAGCAUUAACCUGCCAAACAAGCGAUUAGGUUAAUCCUCUAAAACUCCACAGAUUAAGGAAUCAUGGUGUUGAAUCAUAGUAUUCAUCAUAUAUCUUUAAAAAUGUAUAUAUACAUGCAGCAGUAACUUGACGUCAUGCUGCUUUGGUUUUCUUCUCUGAAAUGUUUUACCUAUUUAUAUACAUGGAAAAUUAAAGGGAAGAAGAUAAAUACGGAUUUAGAAGAGACAUUGUCAUUGAAGAACUUAUGUUUGUGGUUAUGGAAUGUUCUUGAGGGUUUCUUUAUACAAAUCCACGUUGUUGUGGAAGCUGUUAUGGCACUUUAUCACACACUGACAGCAUGCUAGAGAAUAGAAAACAUUGAGCUCAAAAGACAACAUCAUUAUACUCUUAGGCAUAAUUUGUCUUUACAAACUGAGUGAUGAAUGAGAACUAAGAAGCAAUUGUCUACUGGUUUUACGUUCAGGCAUAUCUUAUUUUUUGACCCUAUAUACAUUUUUAAACUUAGCAUGCUGUCUAUGAUUAUUUAUUAUUGCAUGGUCAUUCUGUGGGUGCUUCUUUGUAGUGUCACAAUAUCUGUUCCUGCAUUUCUGUAAUCUGGCAAUGAUUUAUUUUUGAGUUUUAAUCAAAGCUAUUAAUGUUUUAUUAGUCGAAUGAAGACCAUUAAAAUGUAAGUCUUUAGAAAUAAUAGUUUAACAGUAACUUAUAUUAAUAACUUAUUUAUAAAUUUUAUGCUUAAAGAGAACUGGUGAAAUCUGUAACUUGAAAUCAGUUAAUAGUGUCUGAUAAAACAUUUGAACUCUAACUCUAAGACUGAGUAAUACAUUUUAAUUUGUUACAAAUGAGCAAAUAAAAAAUUACAAAAAGCACAAGAAAUAUUAAUGAUCGGUCCUUUGAAUUUUAAGCUGAUUUGAAUUAUAUAAAUAUUAUAUUCAUCUUUUAUGAAUACAUUCUGGCAUGACUGAUAUCAAGAUAUUCACUGCAGUAAAGGAAAACAUGUAUAGCCUCUAAGCAAAAAAAUCUUUGAGUAAAGGUUCAAGAAAGCAUUUUUGAAACAAA